GUAAUGAUAUCCCUUUUGAUGUCAAUUCAGUAAGGUUUACUUGGAGCAAUGUAUGAUGUUCAGGUAAAGCACUCAUACUCGGCACAUAAAACUGAUGAACUAAUUCAGUCAUAUUUUUAAGGAUAUUAGGCAAUUAAAAUUCCUGGUUAAUUAAAAGAUGAAGCAUUACAAAGAGGGUGUGUUAUGUCAGAUGGAGGUGAACUCAUUGGGUGGCCUUUGAUCUUUUAAUUGUUUUGUUCUUCACUACCUUCUGGCCAGUGGUUUAAACAGUGUGAAGACCAGCCAACAGUGAAAUAAAGGAAAGGUCUUAGAUAAUGCUAGGGCAUGCAACAUACAUAAGAGAAAUAUAACAAUAUGCUUUAUUUUGUCUCUUAUGUAGGCGUUUAUAAGAAGAUUAUUACCAGCAUAAUGGAAAACAGCAGGAGUUGUAUUGCUUUGUACUGGCAUAUUAAUAUGUUUCAUUAUUGUGUCUAUGGCAACUGGCAUUUCUACCAACUCCUCCACUACAUUUUUCUCUGCAGUCUUUUGCCAGGUUUUUAAAUUAUUUAUACGAGUAACAUGUAUUACCUUCUGGGAACUUUUUUUUUUUUUUUUACUCGUUCUUUGUCCAUUGCUGCUAUGUUUUCAUCCUAGAUUAUCGUUCAAAAAGAAAGCCUCGUCAUUACCUGUGCCCCUUUUGGACUAUUCAUUAUCUUCUAUUCAUCCCCCUUUCUUAGUUAAAUCUGUGUAGCUGUGUAACACUCCCCAUUCCAUUUGUUAUACGGUGACUAACAUUGUCUUCUGUGUGGGUUUAAAUAGAUUGACCCUAGAGCUACGCAGAACGCUGUGACACAUAGGGACAAGAAAUAAGAUUGCACAUGCGCGGCCGCACCCACCGUCCUCACGCAUGCAGUGGAAAUGUAAUGCAUAGUGGCACACCAACAGAUAGCGUCAAAUGAUAUUGUUAUAAAGUCGCAAAAUAAGACGUGUCUCUACACCCCACUCCUCCAUGCAUACCAAGACAUUGAAUUACUUUGACACACAGCUGGAGAGAGAUAGCAGUGACACGCUUGUGCAACAUUAUGUUAUGUGUAUGUUUUGAGGUGGUACGUGAAAGCGAAUGAAAUGUUCUCAUUUCAAUCACGAUUCUGUAUUACAGUAGGCUACACCGCUGCAUUAAAUAUUCAGUGUAUGUUUAAUGCGAGUAUAAACUUACGCAGUGGAGAUCUAAAUACUAAUUAAAUAAACUAGCUCAUGUUACCGCCUGCAAUAAUGUGCAUGAUAAUCGGUGGGAAUAAUUAUUAAGUCAAUUAAAAGUAGGCUAGAUAUUAAGUGGAAAUUGUGUAAAACCAAGUGUGGAGGCGGGGAAGGGAGGGCGGAGACAGUUGUUUAUAUUCGUGUGGCUGUAAAUCGUCAACUCGUCUAGUGAGCUAGGAGCAAGAUUCACUAUUUCAACCUAGUUGCACUACUAGGUAACAGCAUUAGAUAAAUACGUGAAUAGAUAUAUGUUCUGAUUUGAUUUGUCCAAUAAGGCCGAGGAUCAAGGAAAGGAGUGCACAACAUAUUUAAAGUGAAUCUCCUUAUGUGAUUUUAAAAGGAGGACAAAAAUAAGAAGGUAGGCUAGAUUAUGAAAUAAGAACAAGUUAUUUCAAAGAAAGCAAAAGCUACAGAAACACAGGCGAUAACAUAGCAUAAAGGGACAACGCGCGCAGCAGAGUGGUGACCUGGCCAGAGCGCGAUGUUUGGGAUGAUAAAGAAUACAAUUUUCGGGAACACCGAAGAAACGGACUACAAAUUGCUCAGCAGCGAGACCAAGGAGGGGGUCAGCUAUGAGGUGCGGAGGUACGAUGGUGCAAAGUAUGCCUCAGUGAGCUCAGAGGGGCGGACCUUUGACCAGGUGACGGGGGAGCUAGUGAGGAAGCUGCUCGUGUACAUUGGGGGAAGCAACGACCAAGGGGAGGCAAUGGGGACGACAGCACCGGUUAUCAUCACAGUAUAUCCCAGGGACGAUGGUGUGAUGUCACGCCGUUUGGUGGUUAGCCUCAGGAUUCCCACCAACUACCAAGUCAGUCCCCCUGUGCCCAUCGACAGUGCCAUCAGAAUCGAGGAUCGACCCGGCAUGACUGUCUACUCACUGCAGUUUGGAGGCUUCGCAGGGGAGACUGAGUACCGAGCAGAGGCCUCUCGCCUAACCAAAACUCUUGGUGAGACUGCCCCCUUUCAGCGGAAACAGUACUUCUGCUGCACCUACGACCCGCCCAUGAAACCCUACGGCCGACGCAACGAGGUGUGGUUCCUACAGGAGGAGCCAUAAGGGAAGCAUUAACACUGACUCUUAAUAAUAAACUAUAGUCACUUCCUCUACUUCAUCUUCACUGAUCACUCCACAUCUUGAUCUUCAUCCCCAAAAAAUAGGAUAUGUAAAAAUAAUAUGGCAACAACAGGGGAUUUGUUUUCAAAUCAGUGCAAAUGAAGGAGAGGUGAUGCAAAGAAGAGUAUUAGACUAUUGAAAGGUCAUAAAGGGGAAGGAUGGGCAGCGGGCUACAUAGUUACUGGUCCAAAGUAGUGCAACAGUACUGUACCAUUAUCAGUAACUGGAUAUUAAGUGGCCUAGGGGUAGGAGAAGAUAACCACAAAGUACUGCUGUGUGUUAUAGGUGGUACAUCAUUAACUCAAGUUCUUAUUUUGUACACCCAGGGGUUGACACUCCCCUUAAAACAUGCAUCAUAGUGCUUGGAAGAAAAGCACAUUAAAUCAGGCUGUACACAUAUAUGCUUCACUUCACACACCAUAAAAACAAAAUGACAGUUAAGUAUUCAAUAAGUAAUUAAAUUAAGUUUUAAAAAGCACAAUUCCUUUUCCCAAGGGAGGGAAUUGGAAAUAAACUAGGAAUUGAGCCAUAGAGUAGUGAUAGUCAAAUGUUUUCCUUAGGAGAAGGAGAAAUAUAUUAGUCAUUCCUUAAGUGUUAUCAUUUGAGAUGUCUAAUCCUUCUGUGAUGACAUGAAAACUUUUCAAGACAGCAGUUGUGUGUAGUGAAUGUUUUGGUGUGCUUGUAUUUGGAGUCUUUGAAUUGUAAUGUUACUUAUUAUGAUUCUUGAAACUGUAUUUUAAAAUACCUCUGUAUGGUGUGUGAUUUUCUGUGAAAAUAUGGAGUGACGAUAUCAUCAGGAUUUGCUAGCAUUUCAUUUCACAUUUAUUCAAGAUAUUACUAAUACGAUUUUUUGUGCAAUACUGACAUUCUUUUUUUAGUUCUAUACAAAAGAAUGCUUAAAAUACUGGUACACCACUGUUUUGGAUAGGUUUUACAUAAACAUUUAUUUAUUAUUAGAUUUUGAAUCAAUAUUAAGAACUCAAAAUAAGAAUAUGGUUUACAAACAAGAUAUUUCACAGACAUUUGAUAAAUUUAAGCAGAUAAUUAAAACCAACCAAACCUAUAACCUAAAACUAGUACAACAUGUCUUCUAUGCACUCUGAGAAAAUAGCAAUUAUAUGGUCUGUUAGUCACUACAACCCAGUUUAAACAGGAAUAAAUUAGUGGUUUUCACAGGUUAAUUCGUCACAACUGCAAGAAAGCACUGUGUAGCAGGCUAGCGGCUAAAUAAAUACAUGGCCUAGUAACCCCACACUUGUGUAAUUGCACAGAGAGUAGGGUUUUGGUUUCAGCCGGGCUUUGCAUUCAUCAAUACAAUAUACAGGAUUCGACUAGGGCAUGGGUUAUUCAUGUGACCAGUUAUCCUCUCUAGGCUCAACAAGUUAUUUGUGAGAUCUAGGAACAUUGCACAUUACCAAUAAUCUCACAUACGUAGCGGUACAUGUCAGUACUCCAUCCAAUUGCCAUAUUCAAACAACAUGCACUUCCUUCCUUCAAUAAAAAGCCAGAAAUAAUCUAGAAA